ACCCGUCAGGAACAAAAGCCCAAAAAAAGUUCAUUUAUUACCUCUCUCUGUUCCCACCAGGCCACCACACCUCCCUUUCUGUCUCUUGUUUGUUCUCUCUUCAUCAUCAUCUCUCUGUCUCUCUCUCUCUCUCUCUCUCUCUCAAAACAGUAACUAAUUUUCCUGUUCUUUGUCACAUCCAUCUUCAAACUAUAAUAUCACCAAAAACCAAACCAAACCCAUUUCCUCAAAUAUAUUCUCUUUUUCUCACUUCCCAUUUUCUUCUUCCAAAAACAACCAUGGAACAACAAACACAAGACUCAACCAACAACACUAACCAAAAUCACACAACAAAAACAACAACAACCUUAAUCAAAACAAAUGGAACAACAAACUCUUAUCAACAUCAUCAUCAUCAUCAUCAUCAUCAAUAUUAUCAACAACAACAUCAUCAACAACAUCAAAAUCAACUUCAACAAUACUCAACUCAACUUGGUUUCUUCAACUAUCAAAGAUAUUACCCUGCUCUUCUUCCUUUACCUUCACUUCAACAACUACCUUUGAUUCCAUCUUUUCCUCAAAAUCAAAACUUUAAACUAAAAACCCAUUUGCAUAAACUUCCAUGCAAACUCAAUACUUCUCCUUCAUCAAAUUACAAUCUUUCUCAGCUAUCACUUGCUCCUGCUCCAAAGGAACUUCAGAAGCAAACUAAAUCAUCCUUUAAAGAAGUUGAAGAGAAGAAGCUGAUUUCAACAAGGAAGCCACAAGAAGUGAUUGUUGCAAGAAGGCCAGACUCAGGUGGACAAGAAGGUCAUGUGAUUUCUCUCCUUGCAAACCACUUUUUGGUGAAGUUUGAUUCAUCACAAAAAAUAUAUCAUUACAAUGUUGAAAUUACUCCUCAUCCCUCUAAAGAUGUUGCUAGAGCAAUCAAACAUAAAUUGGUACAUAACAAUUCCGAGAUUUUAUCUAGCGCUUUGCCGGCGUAUGAUGGGAGGAAGAAUCUUUAUAGUCCAAUUGAAUUCCAAAAUGAUAAGCUUGAGUUCUACAUAAGCCUCCCAAUCCCAACUAGCAAAUCAACGUCAUUUUACGGAGAAACGAAUGAUACGAAUGAGAAGCACGAACAGCAUAAACUUUUUCGGAUAAAUAUCAAACUAGUCUCGAAGAUUGAUGGAAAGGAGUUGGCUAACUACUUGAGCAAAGAUGGUGAUGAAGGGAUUCCACUUCCACAGGAUUAUUUACAUGCUUUAGAUGUUGUUUUGAGGGAAAGUCCAACCGAGAAAUGUAUACCUGUUGGAAGGUCAUUCUAUUCGAGUUCGAUGGGAAGAGGCAAAGAUAUUGGUGGAGGAGCUGUUGGAUUGAGAGGCUUUUUUCAGAGUCUUAGACCAACUCAACAAGGACUUGCUCUCAAUGUUGAUUUUUCGGUAACUGCUUUCCAUGAAAGUAUAGGAGUUAUUCCGUAUUUGCAGAAACGUCUCGAGUUUCUUAGAGACCUUUCUCAAAGGAAGACAACUCAGCUAACUUGUGAAGAAAGGAAAGAAGUGGAGAAAGCAUUGAAGAACAUUAGAGUCUUUGUUUGCCAUAGAGAAACUGUUCAGAGAUACCGUGUCUACGGUUUAACCGAGGAGGCAACUGAAAAUAUUUGGUUUCCGGAUAGAGACGGAAAGAAUCUGAGGCUAAUGAGUUACUUUAAAGACCACUAUAACUAUGAUAUUCAAUUCAGAAAGUUACCAUGCUUGCAAAUUAGUAGGAGUAAACCUUGUUAUCUCCCUAUGGAGCUCUGUGUGAUCUGUGAAGGACAGAAGUUCCUUGGGAAACUGUCGGAUGAUCAGACGGCAAAAAUACUGAAGAUGGGCUGUCAAAGACCGGGAGAACGAAAAGCCAUCAUCGAAGGAGUCAUGAGAGGAAAUGUUGGUCCUACCAGUGGUGACCAGGAAGGGGAAUUCAAACUCCAAGUCUCAAGAGAAAUGACAAAGUUGACUGGGAGAAUUCUUUACCCUCCUAAACUAAAGCUCGGAGACGGAGGUCAUGUGAGAAACCUAACUCCUUCACGUCACGAUCGCCAGUGGAACCUACUAGAUGGCCAUGUCUUUGAAGGAACAACAAUUGAAAGAUGGGCACUAAUAAGUUUUGGAGGCACACCCGAGCAAAAAUCUCAUAUCCCAAGAUUCAUAAACCAGUUAACUCAAAGAUGCAAACAAUUAGGCAUUUUUCUUAAUAAGAACACAGUUAUUAGUCCGCAGUUUGAAUCAAUCCAAGUUCUUAACAAUGUUACGCUUUUGGAAUCUAAGCUCGAUAGAAUCCAAAGGAUUGCCUCAAACAAGCUACAGCUUCUUAUUUGUAUAAUGGAGAAAAAACACAAAGGGUAUGGAGACUUGAAACGAAUUGCCGAGACAAGUGUUGGUGUUGUAAGCCAAUGCUGCUUAUAUCCAAAUCUCAUCAAAUUAAGUUCACAGUUUUUGGCUAAUUUGGCUCUCAAGAUCAAUGCUAAAGUCGGUGGAUGCACAGUUGCUUUGUACAACUCGCUUCCUUCUCAACUACCACGUCUUUUCAACAUCGAUGAACCAGUGAUGUUCAUGGGAGCCGAUGUGACACAUCCUCAUCCUCUCGACGAUUCGAGUCCAUCUGUUGCUGCUGUUGUUGGUAGCAUGAAUUGGCCAACAGCAAAUAAAUAUAUUUCAAGAAUAAGGUCUCAAACACAUAGACAAGAAAUCAUCGCAGAUCUCGGUGCAAUGGUUGGAGAAUUGCUCGACGAUUUUUAUCAAGAAGUAGAAAAACUGCCCAACAGAAUAAUUUUCUUCCGAGACGGUGUUAGCGAAACUCAAUUUCACAAAGUGCUACAAGAGGAACUUCAAUCCAUAAAACAAGCAUGUUCUUCAAGGUUUCAUGGUUAUAAACCUUUUAUUACUUUUGUAGUUGUACAAAAGAGACAUCACACAAGGUUGUUUCCUGCUGACACUGAUCAAUCUUCGACGCAGAACAAUUUUCAUUUUCAAUAUGAAAAUAUUCCUCCAGGGACUGUGGUUGAUUCUGUGAUUACUCAUCCAAAGGAAUUUGAUUUCUAUCUGUGUAGUCAUUGGGGUGUGAAGGGAACAAGUAGGCCAACUCAUUACCAUGUUUUGUCGGAUGAAAAUCAGUUCACUUCCGACGAACUGCAGAAGCUGGUUUAUAAUUUGUGCUUUACUUUUGUUAGGUGUACUAAGCCAAUUUCUUUGGUUCCUCCUGCAUAUUAUGCACAUUUAGCUGCAUAUAGAGGUAGACUCUACCUCGAGAGAUCAGAGUCAUUAGGUUUGUUCAGAAGUACUUCUACAUUAUCAAGAGCUGCCCCUCCAAAGACACCACCUCUACCUAAACUUAGUGAAAACAUAAAGAAGCUGAUGUUUUACUGCUAGUAAUAGCUAAUCUAUGCAGCACCAACUUUCUAGAUUGAAGACGAACUGUCUUGUGUCCGUGUCUGACACUGAGACUUGUGAUUGCAUAUUAUUAUUGGUGUCAAUGUGUUGAUGUCUGUAUUUGUGUAUGUGUUGGUGCUCCAUAGGUAGCUAUUCUUCCAAUGUCAUUUGAUUUUUAGAUUGUUUAAUUACAUGAUCCAGCUUUAGAUUCAUGGAAGUGAGAAAAGAAUGUAACACAUGGAAAAUAUAGUACUGUGCAGGAUAAAAGAUCGGUGGAAGACAAGAAAAAACGAUAUGUAAUCUUUGCAUUUUAUCUAACUGAAAAAUUCUCAUUGUAAAGGCCUUAGAUGUUAGUUAAUCAGACAAGAUUUCUAACUUCAUUUCUUUACUAUUUUAGUUUUUGACAUUCAUGAGUAUUAGUAUAUUCAGUUCAGUUCCAAUGGUUGUUAAUUAACUAGUGGUGUGUUUGGUUUUCAUGUUAGGUUUUUACAAAAGUGAUUUUAUAUCUUGUUGAAUGUUGUUUUUUUUAGUGAAAAAAGUAUGCUUACAAGUGA